AUGUUUCGAAAUGUUACUAGUGCACAGGAAGCUAUUGUUCAUAGACAAUCAGAAAAUAGUUUAUCAAACGAAAAAAAUCAAAUAAAAUUAAUUAAAGAUGUUCAAUCAGAUGAUAUAGCUCAAAAAUAUUCAACAUUAAAAGUCAAAUGGUUUCAUCAACGUGAACAACUAAUAGAAAAUUUAAAAUAUCUUGAAAAACAUAAUGCAUUUCCACAUGAAAUUCAACAUGCAAAAAAUCUUAUUGAAUGUCUUAAUGAACUUAUAGAAAAUGGUGAAAUGACAAAAAAUUGUCAAACAUUAAUUAAUGAUAUGAAUAAAAAUAUUCAUGUAUUACCAGAUACAUAUUUAUUAGCUAGAAAACCAUUAGGAGAUAAAAUGAUACGAUUACCAAGACAUAUUUCAAAAACUACAACGAAUAUAUCACAUCCAUUAAAAAAAUUAUCAUCAGAAAUUCUUCAUAUACAACGAUCAAAUGAAAAAUUACCAAAUCAGGUAAUCUAUUAA